AUGCCAGGUGCCGGGGGCCCACCUGGGUUUCGCCGCCUCCCUCGUGCGCUUCCCCCCCGGCCAGGCGUCCUCUUCAGCAUUGAGGUCACCUCCACUUUCUUCGCCGUCCGUAACUACUGGCGCGGCUUCUUUGCCGCCACCUUCAGCGCCUUCAUCUUCCGUGUCCUCGCCGUCUGGAACAAGGACGAAGAGACGAUCACGGCACUGUUCAAGACCCGAUUCCGCCUCGACUUCCCCUUCGACCUGCAGGAGCUGCCCGCCUUCGCUGUCAUCGGGAUUGCCAGCGGCUUCGGGGGUGCACUCUUCGUCUACCUCAACCGCAAGAUUGUGCAGUUCAUGCGCCGCCAGAAGACCAUCAAUCGCUUUCUCAUGAAGAAGCGCCUGCUCUUCCCUGCCCUGGUGACGCUGCUCAUCUCCACGCUGACCUUCCCGCCCGGCUUCGGACAGUUCAUGGCUGGCCAGCUCACCCAGAAGGACACCCUGGUGACACUCUUCGACAACCAGACAUGGGCCAAGCAGGGGCUCAGUGAUGAGUUCGAGUACUUGGGCAUCCUGGAGGCCUGGCGCCACCCCCGCUCCAACGUCUUCGUCACCCUUAUUGUCUUCAUCCUCAUGAAGUUCUGGAUGUCAGCCCUGGCCACCACCAUCCCAGUGCCCUGCGGAGCCUUCAUGCCCGUCUUUGUCAUCGGGGCAGCCUUUGGGCGCCUGGUGGGGGAGAGCAUGGCAGCCUGGUUCCCCGAUGGGAUACCGCAUCGUGCCAGGGGGCUACGCCGUGGUGG